AUGAAGAUUGAAGGCCACACAUUUAUCAUUUCGGGCGGCGCAUCAGGCCUGGGGCAGGCCUGCGUGGAGGAGAUAUGCAAGAACGGAGGACACGCCGCCAUUCUUGACAUGAACGAGGAGAACGGAAACGAUAUUGUUUCCAAGUUGGGCUCCUCGGCCAAGUUCUUUGUCUGCGAUGUCCUGGACACCAAAAGCAUCGAGGCCGCCGUCCAGGGCACCUCUGCAUGGGUGAAGCAAACCGGCAAGCCCGUCGGUGGUGUCAUUCCCGCGGCCGGUGUCGGAAACCCUUCAACGAUACUGGACCGUAACGGCAACCCUUUUAGCCUCGACGACUGGGACUUUGUGCUCAAUAUCAACCUCCGCGGCACCAUCGACCUCACCCGCCAGGCCCUGGCUCUCAUGGCCAAGAACGAGCCCUCUUCGCCAGAUGGCGAACGCGGCGUCGUGAUCAUGGUUGCGUCGUCCGCCGCCUUCGACGGCCAAAAGGGCCAGGUCGCCUACGCCGCGAGCAAGGGUGCUGUGACGGCAAUGACGCUCCCCAUGACCCGCGACCUCGCCCGCUUCGGCAUCCGCGUCGUCACCAUUGCCCCGAGUCUGUUCGAGUCCCGUAUGACCGCCGUAAUGUCCAACAAGGUUCGCGCCAGCCUCGAGCGCUCUAUGGAGUUCCCCGUUCGCGCCGGCAAGCCGGAGGAGUUUGCCGCUCUGGCGAAACAUGCCAUUGAGAACGUGAUGCUCAACGGUACUGUACUACGGUUGGAUGGCGGUAUGAGGAUGCCAAGCAAGAUGUAA